AUGGAAGCUUUACAUGGUUGCCAAGAACACUUUCGCCGGGAUGAUCACUUGGAAUCAUACGCUUGUCUCGUCAGGUGCUGUGGCAACGCGAAAGAUCUGAGCGAUGCUCGCAAGAUCCACGCUUUGAUCGAAGGAACCCAUUACAAGAACAACAUCUACAUUGCGAAUCUCCUCGUCACUGCAUAUGCCCAACGAGGGCAUGUAAACGAAGCAAAGUGCUUUUUUGACAGUGUAGAAGUUCCAAACGUUAUCACGUGGAAUUGCAUGAUCGGAGCGUAUGGGCAAAAUGGACACUUAGACGAUGCUUGGGCAUUGUUUAGACGCUGUUUACAGCCAAACAUAAUGACCUGGAACGUUCUUAUCGUGUCGUUUGCCCAGAAUCUACAUUGUGCUGAGUCCAUUCAUCUCUUUGACGUUUUGAAUCUGGAAGGAUUCAAGCCAGACGAGCUGAGUUUCAUGGGCCUUUUGAUUGCUUGCUGCCACCUUGGGCUGGUAAUUGCUGCUAGAGAUACCUUGGCUUCAAUGGUUUUUGACUACGAUAUAAGCCCUGAGCGAGAUCACUACUGCUGCUUGAUCGGUGUUCUUGCGGGAGCUGGGCUCUUGGAUCUCAUCAACACAAUGCCAUUUCUUCCAGAUGUUUCCAACUGGGGAUGCUUCGUGAGUGCCUGUAAGAUCCACUCUGUUGGAGUGGAUAGGAGUGUUGGUGCUGCUUGCAAUGCCAUCGCGAUGGAUCCUAAAAACUCAGCACCAUACGACAAUUUUUACUGA